AUGGAGAAAUAUCCGAUCGGAACUCGUUCGGAGAGUGAGCGUCUGGUACGCGAGUGGGGUUUCCAACAUGUCUUCACUUGGUCAGACGGGAGUAAUGCCUACUAUUCUCCUCAUACUCAUGGUGGCCUGACUACUCAUCUCAUCCGUCGUGGCUCAAUGACGGUGGCCUAUCCGGAAGACAAGGUCAAGAAUGGCCGAGAGGCCAAGGAGACCUUUGGCGUUGGCGCUCGAGUAGAUGUACCGGCAGGAAAGGUUCAUGAAGUAUGGAUUGGAGACGAGGGAUGUGAAUAUGUAAUUGGAGAAUAA